AUGGUGUCUGCUGACUUUGAUAUAAUAAUUGAGGCCAUGCUGGAAGCUCCCGAUAAUGAGCAGGACGAGCAGCAAAGGAAAGAGGUUAAAAAGGACAGUCCUAGCAGUGGUACCUGGGACACAAGUGAGAAGAAGAGGAGUCGGAGCCAUAGUAGAAGCGGGGAUAGAAAGUGCAGUCAUAGUCAACACCGGAAUCAACGUUGUGAAAGAAGUAGUCAGAGCUGAAGUGAUUGGCAGCAGUGACACCACAGCCAAAGCUGGGACCGUUGGCAUAGAAGUGAGUCACAAACAGACUGGCGGCGUGAGGGUCCUGUACCCUAUAGGAGUCUUCCACUUGCUACUGGGCAGAGGUAUGGGUGCAGUAAGAGUCCUCAUUUCAGAGAGAAGAACCCAGUCAGGGAGCCAGUUGAUAAUCUGAGCCCUGAGGAGCGUGAUGCCCGCAGUUUCUGUUUGCAGUUAGUUGCGUGUAUUUGGCCUCGCAAUCUGGUGGACUUUUUUCCUGCUAUUGGCAAAGUAACCUUCUCAUCUUAGUUUUCUUCUGAAUCGCAACUCAUGUGAUCUAAGGGCAUUCCUUGGUAUGUGAAAUUCUGUGAUUUCCAGUCUGUGCCACUGACCAUUGAUCUGACUGGGCAGUGGCUGCUGGGAGUGCCUGUUGUUGUACAGGCCUCACAGGUGAGCUGAAAAAACCGACUGGCAGCCAUGGGCAGCAACCUGCAGAGGGGUAGUGGUGGACUGAAGUGUCUUUAUGUGGGCUGCUUGCACUUCAGUAUCACUGAGGACAAGCUUCAGGGCAUCUUUGAGCCCUUUGGCAAAAUUAUUAUUGUCCUGAUGAAGGAUUCAGAAGGCCACUCUACAGGUUAUGGUUUCAUUAUGGUGAGUCUAGUCUUUUUUAACUUUUAAAUUUUACUUUGGGGGUUGUCCAC